CGUAGUUGGAUAAACAAUACACCACGUGUCUGAUCCUGUUGGUUGGAUCGGUUAUUUGUUUACACAAUGGAGCCAUUCUUCUGGUUUGUGCCCUGAUCUCGACUCCACCUGAAUGCUGCAUGACAGGCAUUAGGAAUAUAUUGAAACUGGUCAUCACUAUCAGCCUUGUGUUUGAACUGGCAGUCGCCCAAACAGCCCCUGUCUCAGAUCCAUGCACAACAUAUAGACCUUUCCCUGAUUCUGAGCAUCGUGGUACUAACUACACACUUAGUGAUGGACAAUCCAGCAUUGACGACAAUGAGUUGACUGAAGGGUGGUAUGGAGACACGAGGUACACUUUAGUGGAUGAAUCCCCUGGUUUCUACAAAUGUGGAGGAUGGUACCCAAUGUACAUACAAGGUCCAACAAUCUCAUCUACGGUGACGGUGUGUGUUCAGACGAUAUCUGAACCAUGUAAAUAUCCCUUCGAGAUUGAACGAAGAACAUGCAGUGGAUAUGACGUUUACUAUUUGCCUCAAGCUCCUGUCCACCGGGCUGUGUAUUGUCUAUCGGCAAGCCCUGGAGCACCUCCAGAGUUUAUUGUAACAUCAACAGUUAACUUUGGAUUAUUGCACAAACCUAGUUCAAGUGAACUAUUGUCCUUUUGCAACUUCACCCGUUCUUCUGAAAACCUGUUCUACAAGACCAUCUGGUAUGUGGAAGGAGCGCCCAUUUACACUUUCAAACCCCUCGAAUGGAGCUCUGAUGACACUGACUACAUUGACAGCCGGAAGUUGACAGAACAAUUGCUGCAGGAGAACGGGAUUGAAAAGGCUGGAUUUUAUCUACAAUGUGGUGUUCAGGCCAUGUACGGUCUUGGUAAAACAACAUCGAGCGGGGAAUUAUCAAAAGCCAAGUUUGUUGGAGUGAAGAUUGUUCAGAACCGCAGUCGACCACUAAAAGAAGGUGAAAGACGUACAAUAGGUCUGGAACUCACCGUUCCCUUCGGUUGUGGCACUGCCAUCAGGGACAAGGGGCUCCUGUGUGAAUUUGACAUCAAUGUGCAGAGAGUGGAAAAGCCAGGAAAUAACGCGCUUGCUUCAGUCAUUGAAAACUCAUGCUCUGUUGACCCAAUAAGGUCAACUAAUGGUAGAACAUCAGUGAGUGUCGUUGGCAAAAUUACACCUUUGUAUAAAGAGGAGAGUGCCACAACGCACCUGAAGCUGAAAACACCCAGCAGAUCAAUCCAGUUUUCUUCCUUCUGGACUGACUAUGAAAUUGGACUUGUUACGAUCCAACUGGUUAAAAAUACAACUCUGUUCCAAAGUAAAUCAUGUUCGUCAGCAAACGACCCACGUAUUAGAACGUUUGACGGCACGCGAUUUUACCUGGAUCAUGCAGAUGUUUACACAUUAUACACAGACUUCAACAACAUUGAGGUACAGAUACAAACUGAAGAUUGUGGCAGGGAACGAAGGCGACAUGGUCCCUUCUGUACAUGUGGCGUGGUAGUUCGGGCAGGAAGGACCGUGUUUGAAAUCAGUCACUGUGAGUCCCUCACCUGGCACAUCGGCUUUACGGCUUGUGGAGAUGACGGGGACGUGCUGCAAGUCAGACGACAGUGGGGUGCUUACAAGAUCCAUUUGCCUACAGGGAAUACAGUGACUGUUAACAUACACAACAGUGAGAAAAUGCAUUUUCUUAAUGUUGAUGUGAUGUCCUCUGUCAACGAUUUUGGAAAAAGUCGCGGUAUGUGUGGUAAACUAUCUGCAACAACUGGUGAUGAUCGGGUGAAGAAAGAUGGUUCGAGUACAACCUCUGAUGAAGACUUUGCAGAAUCCUGGAGGGUUAAUGAGGAAAACAACUUGUUCAGCCCAGAUGUCAUCCGUGAUGGAUUGUCACACUACAAGCCCUUACUCCAUUACUGUACAUGUAGAAGAUAGUAAACUGACAUGCACUGCCAGAGCUGCUGCUGAUAUCCCAGUUAAACCGGAGAAUUUCAAUCAGAUCAAGCCGAAGAACUGUGCCAUAUCUAAGCGAAAAAAACGGAUGGCAUUAAAUGUCCAGAAACGUUCA